AUGAUGAAUUUCUUUCAACAUUUUUUGAUUUUGGUAAACUUUCUUUUUGUUUAUAUAAUAUAUUAUGAUACAAUUAUCUAACAAUUCCUUACCAUUAUUAUAUUCAAUGUAAUACUAAGAACAAUUAGUAUUAUUAUUCUAAUAUUGUUAUUAUUACCUUUUUUUCCAACGGAAAAAGGGGGGUUUUCUUUUUUAUCACCAUUUAUUAUUCUCUUUCAUAUGCUUCUUGGUUUCCUUUUUUUU